AUGCCGGGUAAACACGCUGUUGUCGUAGGUGCAGGUGUUCUUGGUCUCACCAGUGCUAGGUACUUGCGCGAGAAAGGUUACACUGUCACGAUUCUAGCUCGUGAGCUCCCUCACGAUACCACGUCCCAAUCCUUCGCCUCUCCAUGGGCUGGUGCAAACUGGUGCUCAUUUGCGCGUGGCAACGAAAAUGAGAAACGUCGCGACGCUUACACGUACAAGCAGUUCCAGGAACUAGCCAAGGAGCUACCCGAGGAUAUGCUUGCAUUUAUGCCUUUUACAUGUUAUGACGUGAAACCGAACGACAGUGAGACGUACUGGUUCCACAAGGAAUGUGGUGGCUCCGCUGCUGCCUUGGUUCCGGACGCGAGCCUUGUUGUGAAUGCCACAGGGUUAGGAAGUCAGGAUAUGCCGGAGGCGUCAGAAUCACUCGCAUAUCCUAUUCGGGGACAGACGGUACUGGUGCAUGCACCACGCUUCCGUGACAUGGAUACGGCUCAUUGUAUAAGCAAGAUUGGCUCAGGCGGUGCAUCUUACGUCAUUCCUCGUGCACGGAGUGGAUUCGUCAUUUUGGGCGGCACGUUCCAUGCGCGAGUGUCAAACCCCCUCACUCCUGACCCUGCUGUGACAGAGCGUAUUUUAAAGGAUGCCGUCCUCCUGGCACCUGAACUUCUGCCAGAGAACGUGGACGCACAUGAUCCGAAUGCGUGGAAAUCCGUCGAGGUCGUGGGAGUGAAUAUCGGCGUCAGACCUGCGCGUGAGGGUGGGGCUCGUGUCGAACUUGACUCCAAGCCAGUCUACGUCGGCCAUCGCCCAGUGGGUGUUAUUCACGCGUAUGGUAUAGGACCGGCGGGCUACCAAGCAAGUCACGGUAUAGCCGCUGAAGUAUGUGACUUGGCUGAAAAAUGGGAGAGUAUCUGCUCUUCUGAUGCUGGCGCUCGGGCCAAGCUAUAA